AGAGAGAGAGGUUGCUCCUCAGUUCGCUCUCUCAGUCUGACAACAGCAGCCGUUUCCCCCCUGCUCCGCUGUGCUGAAACUCCACCAGGUUGUGGCAGCCAUGUUGGCGGUGUGUUUGAGGCUGCUUUUGCUCCUCCCCCUGGCUUGCUGUGUCCCCUCCCCCUCCAGAUCUCCUUCCAGACUCUGUAGACGGUGCUGCGACCACCUGGAGCCGCCAGCAGCCACGGGACAAUAUCAGCUACCUGAGGUCCGCACUGUCAUCAACAUGACCAUCCUCAAAGGUGAUAAAGGAGACAGAGGCGACAAGGGUACACCUGGCAAACCCGGCUUAGAGGGACCCCCCGGCGUCCGAGGACCCAUGGGACCUAAAGGCCCCAAAGGCCAGGCGGGCACCCCUGGAGAUGCCUGCAAGAUCCCUCACUCCUCCUUCUCGGUGGGACGCCGCAAGUCCCUGCACAGCGUGGACUACUACCAGGCGCUGGUGUUUGACACGGUGUUCGUCAACCUCUACGGCCACUUCAACAUGUUCAAAGGCAAGUUCUACUGCUACGUGCCGGGGAUCUACUUCUUCAACAUUAACAUCCACACCUGGAACUUUAAGGAGACCUACCUCCACCUGAUGCACAACGACAAGGAACAGGUGAUCCUGUACGCUCAGCCCAGCGAGAGGUCCAUCAUGCAGAGCCAGAGUGUCAUGAUGGACCUGGCUCUGAAUGACGAGGUCUGGGUGCGACUCUACAAGAGGGAGAGGGAGAACGCCAUUUACAGUGACGACGUGGAUGUUUACAUCACCUUCAACGGAUACCUCUUGGCACCUAGCAUCCAGUAAAAAAAACAAAAUAAUAAUAAUAAAAAGGGAAGGAAGUAGGGCUGGGUAUCAAAUUCAAUACUUUUUAGGAACCCAUCAAAUUGCCUCUGAAGUAUCAAGUAUCGAAAAAUACCUCGUCAUUCAAUACCCAAAUUUCAAUAUCUCAUCAGAGGUGAGCCAAUCAGUAUUCCGCAUUGUUCCACUACAUCUAAAAAUGUCGGAUGUCUAACGUUACACGUCAUAAAUACACGCCGUAAAACCUCGACGUUACGCAGAGACAGGCUUAUGUAGUAGGAGCUGAAAAUAAAUAAAAAGAUCUGUGCCAUAAUGUGUAAUGUUGUAAAAAAUUUAGUUUUAUAAAAUUAGUAUCGAAAAAAAGUAUCCUUUCACAAAGUAUCAAAGUCACAGUAUUGGGUAUCGGUACCGGUAUUGAAUAUGUUUGAACAAUACCCAGCCCUAGAAGGGAGGGAAUAACGCGAGGAGUGGCAGAAUCUUUGGAUUGGAUUUUUUGGGUCUUUUUGCGAUGGAUACUGCUUCAUGCCAAGAAAGUACAGAGGAGACUGAACUCGACUAAACAGAGGACAUUACAAGUUUGGUGCUUAUUAAAGUAAAACAUGUUCAGCUUGGAGAGGAAUAUACUGUGCUCUCUUAAAUAAGAACUGGCCGAAAAAUAUAUGUAUCAAAAGGAACAAUGAAAAAAAGAGACAGGGUAACACAGCACACAAUUAGGAAGAAUUGUUUACUGCCUUUGCACUAGAUUUACACUUUUGUACAAAGUGAAUUUAUUUUCCUACUUCUGUGCUGUUUCCUCUCCACUCAUUUCAGGGAUGAUGUGCAUAAACACAAGUUAUACACGUAUCAGGAAUCCCGCAUAUGUGCAAUCCAUUAUGUAUCAGUGCCAUGAACAGAGAGGUUAAAAUGUGUUUGGGUGGACUGCUGUCCAUACCUUUAAAAAAAUGUCUCUUUUGUGCACUUACAGUAGAUGUAAAGGGUUAGUUCACCCAAAUUGCAACAAAACCAUUGGUCUACUCAACCCUUAUGGUGUCUCACACAUCUACCAUAAGUACUUCAAGACAUUUGUCCACCUAAUGUGUCCUAUCUUUAGAGUAUUUCACAAUUUCACUCGAUUCAAAGAAAGUGAGACCCAACCCCCGUCCAUGUGGAGAAAAUAAUUUAAGAAGUCAGUGUCCUAUGUAAAUAAAACAUGCUGAAAAAAAUUACAAAUGUUCUUUUGGAUUUGUCUCACAAUUUUUAAAUUGAUUAGAAAAUGGUCUUCAGUUAAAAUGAGAGUUUUGAUAAUUUCCAUAGAUUAGUCUUUGGAACUCUGGAAUUAGUUUCUAUGAUUUCACAUUUGUUCCGAGGACAUAUAUUUAUAGCGCAUCAUGCUGCUGCUGAUGUGGGCCGCUCAGGUUUUAUUUUAGGGUUAAAAAAUAUAUACAUUACAUUUUUACAGUCUUAAACAAUAAAACAAACAAUUGAUCCUCACUAUAUCAUCUAAACUUUUGUUCUCCUGGUGCAUCACAGGUGUGUAAUGUCAUGGCUUAUGACAAGUCCCAUGUGCAUCUGAGCCCCAAAUCACUUCCUACGUACAUCCUAAACUACCAAAAUAAAAGACUUCCUUAUAGAGAUGAACGUUAUUGGUUGUGGUACUCAAAGCAAUGCAUCCUUCCAGAAACCAGAAACUUUUUCAUUGGGACUGCUUUCUUCUGAAUAAAUAGUACCAAUGAAAACAGUCAAACCU